AUGAAAGGUAGAAAGAGACAAAAGCAAGUCUCAUAUAGAGAUGCAGGGACAAGGAGAAUGUUACCCAGAUGGGGAUUGCUGGUACUACUACUUCAGUUAAUUCUCUCCGUUUUUGUCAAGGCUGGCGAUCUGGACCUGUUUGUCAGAAGUGGAGAAUCUAAUAGGAUCACUCUACCAGAGAUCUAUUUUGUAAUGACAGUUGAUGGAACUUUAUGGUCAGUUGGAGAGAAUGGAAAGAUCUUGUGGAAGAGUAGAAUCCUUGAGGAAGGAACAUUUUACCCUAGUAGGGUCUUUCAUGAUAAGCGGAACGAAGAAUCUGAUGUUGGACAUGCCCGAUUAUACUGUUCUUUUCAAGGAAAAAUAUUCUUUGGUACUUCUUCUGAAAAUGCUCAUAGUUUCUACAGUACUCAAGAUAACACCUACGAGAAUAUUUUUUCUGGGAAAUCUGUCUUACCGGGAGUAAUACCAAUAGAAGGUUUUAGUAUCGGGGAUCUUGUUGAAAGGUGUCCGUUCCACUCAUCACUAUUUCCCGGCUUAUAUUUGACCGGGUCCAGAACAUCUGACGUCUUAACUGUUGAUCUAUUUACUGGAAGAAUACUUUCAAACUCUGCCUCGUCCCAACAUUGCGAAGCUUAUGAACAAGAUGCAUCUCUGAACCCAAAUGUCCAAGUUAGUAUUGCUAUUGGAGUCACAACAUGGAAAAUUCUUGCAUUGAAUGUCCAUACUAACAAGUUAGAAUGGGAUAUCAGAUACUCAGAUGUUAAUGGAAUUAAUAACAAUCAAUAUUCUAAAAGUCUCCAAAAUCUUCAUCUAUUGGAAUCUGGUUCUAAAGUUCAAGAAAUUCCCAUUUUCUUUGGUUCUUCACGAAACUCUUUAUACAUAAAUAAUAUGCCAUUGGGAUUCAACACAAUCAUUUCCAAAGUUUUUGUUCUUAAAGAAGGUCUAUCUCUUCCUUAUUUUCCUUCUAACUUCUACUAUAUUGAGCAGGUCCACGUUAACCAUCUUCAUGACUCCUCCAACUCCGCUGUUGGGCCUCUAAUUGGAACCAACAACAAUAUUCUUCUUGAUGAGUUUGCUUAUACUAAAUCUGGGUCACGAAGCUCUGAGAUUAGUCAUCUUAUUAGCAAAAAGCUCAAAGGCCUAACUCCUAUUGUUAUAAAUACCAGCAGAAUAGUUUCCAAGCCUAUGCUUCUUCUCCCUGGUAACCAGGCUGAGACUUCUGAGAGUGAUAAAACUUUGGAGGAAUGGCGUCAACAAACCAGAGCUGGGACUUCUGGGGCAAACCCAGAAUUGACUAGGACAGAGUCUGAUUCAGAACCAGAGCCUGGCCCCAUAUUAUCUUUCUUAUCAGUCUUAUACUACAGAAACCAUCUUACCUUGAUAACCGGAAUUAUCCUAUUCAUAGUCAACUUGAUCCUACUCUUCGUUCUUUUUUCAAAAAGAAAACCCACUUCAAGUUCAAGUUCAGAUUCCAACAACCAACAACAAAACGGAAACCUACGAAACUCAUUUCUUGGAUCCUCAUACGUUACCACUUUUAAUCCCGAAGAAACAGAAACUGAUUUUUCUCCCUCCCGAAACUCUGGUGACAAAUGCAUGCGCCUCUCUAAAAGCUAUUCCAUGGUUGACAUGCGUACAAGUUUUAUUGGAAUCUCAAAAAACGCAUUCUUUAAGGCACUUAACUACAACAAUAAUGUUACGUCAAAUAAUCUAAAUUACAAUCAUCAUUUUGACAGCUUAGGAGCGAGAACAAGCUUUGAAGAUGACUCCAAGCCUACAAUUGACUUGUCCAGCUCCAGUACAACCGCCCAUCUUGUUGCCUCCCCACAACGCGGGCAAGUGCAUUUAAAUGUAACUAAUUCAAACACUCCAACAAAUCUCCAAGAUGGACAGAAUACAUUCACUCCAAAGUCUACUGCGAGUGCUCCCAAGUCUUCUUCACUCUACAACAUUCCUCCUCGCUGUGAGCUCGCCAGAUGUAUCGAUAAUGGUCGAUUUUCUAAGAACUUUGAGAUUGUCAAGCUUAUCGGAAGUGGCGGGUUCGGUCAGGUUUACCAGGUAGAGCAUAAGCUGGAAAGAGGAACAUACUAUGCCAUCAAAUUUCUCAGGUUAGGGAUUGGAGCAAACGACGACAUUACUAGAAUCAGAUAUUUCAGAGAAAUUACUGCAAACCGUACUACUCUGAGUAAGCAUGUAGUGAGAUAUUAUACUUGGUGGUGUGAGGAACCAGAAGCUUUGCAAAACUAUGUAGAUGGGAUUGACAGUCUUGGCUGCUCUAAAUCUGCAUCUCAUUCCUCUGUUCAACCUAAGGUUUUUGAGACUAAGAAAACAACAAAGAAGCAGAAGAAUGGUAAGUCAUAUCCCAGUAGCCGUAGAGGACGGAAUAAGAGCUCAAAAAAGGAGCUUAGAGAUUCUAAGACCGUGGAUCAAAGUACAGAAAAAGCUAGGGUCCGUCUUAUUUUUGAUGAGAUGUCGCAAAGUAAUGAUGAUCUACUAAUGGAAACCUCUUCUAAUGACAGUAUAGGACGUUUCUCAUUAAAGUUUCAACAAAAAAACCGAAAAGGAAGUCAAUAUGGUGAGUUAGAAUCCCAGAAUGACAAAUACUCCCAGCUUAGUAACUCAGACUCCUGCUUUAGUAGGGCUCCUUUUGAUUUAGACGAAGAAGAUGAUGGUAGAUAUUUGGAAGAAUAUACAUUAAAAAGUAACUCUCAAUUACUUGGAGAUAAGUACCGAGAUGGUUUACAAACUGUUGAUAGAGCAAGUGCUGUAAAUAGUGAGACAUUUGGAGCUUUAAGUUUAGCUUCAAAUUCUUCUGUUCAGGAUGGAUUUGAGAAUGAUUCUCAGAAUCUGAACUUUAUAGCUUUUGAGAAUGAAUACCAGGGAGAGGAUGACGACUUAGAUUACGGUAAAUGCCAAAUUCUUGAUAAACCAGAACUUCAUGAACCUUCUCAAGAACAGAACAUUGGGGAAAUAUCAAAUAUAUGUAUUGAUGAUACACAUAACCAACAAAAUGAUAAUGGAUUAUUGUACCGAACUAGGACUAUCUCUGUCAAUAACCAGAGUAAUCAUGAGCUGUUGGUAUUAUCAUCUUCUGGAAACUUUCAACAAACCAACUCAAUCUCCUCAAUUACAGAUAAUAAUAAGAGCUCCAGUAAUAAUCAUCAUAACCACCAUCAUAGAUCUCUUGUAUACCUUUCUCCAGCAAAUCGAAAGGAGAAUGAUCCAAUAUAUGAGGUCAUAAUGAUGAUACAGAUGGAGCUUUGCGUUGGAGUAACUUUACGUUCUUGGUUGGGAGAUACUAGUAGAAGUACCGAGUUUGGUGGAACUGAUGUGGAACUGAACAUGUUUAAACAGAUUAUUAAGGGGAUUAGAGACAUACAUGAGAAGGGUAUAGUUCAUCGAGACUUGAAACCAGAGAACAUUUUUGUGAACCCAGACUCCCUUCAGAUCAAAAUUGGUGACUUUGGGCUAGCUAGAUUAAUGUUUGAUGGGGAUGCUAAGAAUAACAAUGAUAAUAGUAAUGUAGUUGGAGACUCCCAAUUUGUCUCCAAAUCAGCUUCCUCCUCUCCUUCUCCCCACAAACUCGAGAAUAACCAAGUGUCUGUUAACAACGAUUUGAACAGAUUUAUGGAAGAAAGAAGACAGCAAAAUAGAAUGGAGGCUAAGAUGAAUAAUCCUCUAUCCAGAUUAGAUUCACAAAUGAGUGUACGUGGACAAGUGAUUGGUACUCCUGGAUAUACUGCCCCAGAAGGAGGAGCCCUAUGUAAUGAGAAGGCAGAUAUAUACUCAGCUGCUCUUAUCCUUUUGGAACUCCUUUGCCCAAGAUUCACCACAGCUAUGGAGAGAAUUCAUGUUUUAGAUAGCUUUAGAAGUAAGGGAGUCGUCCCGGUAUGUAUCAUGAAAAAUCAUGAUGUCUGGAUUCCACUACUUAGAUCAAUGACUUAUCAAGACCCUGAAUUCAGACCAUCUGCAGAAAAUACUUACCGGAUUGUUAAAGACCUAAUUAAAAAGAAAAAGGUUACUUAA